CGGAAAGCCGUUAGGCCGACCCACAUCCACUUUUGGCUGCUGCUUGCUUUUUCUUUUUCUCCUCUUCGCCCUUUGCCUUUCACAUUAUCUCUUGAUUCAGAAAUUCUUCUUUCUUUCUGAGUUUGCGUCAAUUUUGUUACAAUCUUUUCCCAAAAAUCGGCAAUUCGCGUCCAAUUUUCUUUGCAUUUCCGCAGGGUGCCACAAGCUUUGUUAAAUUCAACUUCAAUUUUCACUUGGGAUCCAAAAUCUUCCUUCUCAGUAUUACCUUUGCGAGUGAGAGAAUGGCGAAGAGGUCGUCUUUCGGAAGCAUAAUGAGGAAGAAACUAUCCGACAUUACGAACUCGCAGACGCAACCCAAACUCCCCAGCCAAGACGACAAACCGCCGCCAGAUGAGGCCUACGUCGAGCAACUCCUCCAGGAGAGAACGGCUUUGCUCAAACUUAUCUCCGAGAGGAAUAAAACAAUUGAACUCAGUGCAGCUGAGUUGCAGAAACUGCGAGUGAGUCUUCAGAAAUUGCAGCUUCAGAAUUGGAACCUUGCUCAAUCAAAUAGCCAGAUGUUAGCGGAACUUAAUUUUGGAAGAGAAAGGAUAAAAACACUUGGUCAUGCGCUUGUAUGCAAGGAUGCCUUACUCAAAAUGAAGGAUACAGAACUGAAGAGAAAAACAGAGGUGAGCUAUGAAAAGACUGCCUCUCAGGAAGGAGAGGUGGCCGCAGAGCAACAAUCAUUGCAUGAAGCUAACAGCAGUGGAAAGAAUUCUAAUCGCAACAGAAGGCGCACCAGAAGAAGUCGAUCUAUGGGCCCUUCUACUGCAUUUGAAAAGGUUGCAGAAAAAGAGAAGGUUGAAAAUAAAAGGCGUUGUAUGAGGAGGCAAUCCGCUAGGUUUAAAUCCCAUGAGAGAGAACCCCCAGAGAACUUGUUUGAGAUAGAGUAUGCUAAAUAUCCACUCAGUCAGUCACUUGAAAAUCCUAUGCAUGAAGGUCCUCUUCCAUUAAAAUCAUUAAUCAAAAAGGAAGAGGAAGUAGAAAUUUCUGUGCCAAGAAAAGAAGCACAACCACCACGAAGAUCUUCAGUUGGAAGACCAUUACGCAAAGCUGUUGAGAAGGUGGAAUCCUACAAGGAAGCUCCCAUUAAAAUUAAAAUGCGGAGGACAGAGUGAUCAGAAUCUUCUCUCCCAUAAAAGUGAGUCAAGCCACUGUUUAUAGAGCUAAAACCACAUCUUUCCACAUCUUUCUGUGUCUGUCUGUAAGUUUAUGAUAUCGUUUUUUGUGGUGGUAUUGUCAUAUCCACAUUGGUGUGAUUCAUCAGUCAUGUUAUGUUGUUGUAAAAUUGCAAAAAUUGGUAUGUCCAAGCAAGAGAUCGACUCUAAUGUACUGAUCUCUUUCGUAUGGGGAUUAUUUUGUAAUUGCUCAUUGCUAUAAAUUAAGUGCCAUAGAAAAUCUUCAAA